CUCACCCACCACUGUACACGUGUUAUGAUCUUUCCAUUUUUUCUUCCCUGUGGAAGACUGUUUCAGAACUCAUAAAUAUUGAGAAUGCAUGGCCAUUAAUGUUUUGUUUUAGCUUUAGCAUUUAGCUAGACAAGUUAGCACCUUAGUCACUGGCCUCGCACUUCGCUAGUCAUGGCUGCUUCUGUAUCUUCUUUGGUCUUUUUGUUAUUGGUUUUAGGUGGACUUGGUUUUUGCAUGGCCAGCCAGAUUGGCUUGGGUUCGAGAUUGCUGGCCAGUGAAGAUCGAGCAUGGGUUUCAGAUAAUGGCACAUUUGCAUUUGGGUUCACUAAAGCAGACAGUACUCAUGAACAAUUUCAACUCGCAAUUUGGUUCGCGGAUCUUCCUGGAGAUCCAACCGUGGUCUGGUCAGCUAACAGAAACUCUCCGGUCACCAAAGACGCGUCCUUGGAGCUGGACACCACCGGCAACCUCUUUCUCAUUGAUGGAGACACCACCGUAUGGAUGUCAAACACCUCCGGUGCUGGCGUCGAAACAGCAGUCAUGACAGAAUCCGGCAACUUCAUCCUCUUCACAAGCACCAACCACACUGCUUGGCAAAGUUUUUCACACCCAUCAGAUACUCUCCUCCCGAACCAGCCUUUAACAGUCUCUCUUGAGCUAACAUCUCCAAAAUCACCUUUACAUGGUGGGCAUUACUCACUUAAAAUGCUACAACAGCCCACCUCACUCAGCCUCGCUUUGACAUAUAACUUGCCUGAAUCAUAUGAUGCUUCCCCUAAAGCUUACGCCAACUAUUCCUAUUGGCCUGGACCCGACAUUUCCAAUGUUACUGGGGAUGUUGUUGGGGUCUUAGACGAAGCUGGAAGCUUUGGAAUCGUGUAUGGAGAGUCAUCCAAUGGAGCGGUUUACGUGCAUAAAAACGAUGGCGAUUAUAAUGGUUUAUCUUCUGCUACAAAUCAAUCAACUCGGUUAUCAGCUCGUCGAAGAUUGAUACUUGAGACUAAUGGGAAUUUACGUUUGUAUAGAUGGGAUAAUGAUGUUAAUGGUUCCCGCCAGUGGGUAGCCGAGUGGGCAGCAGUGUCGAACCCUUGUGAUAUUGCUGGUGUUUGUGGUAAUGGGAUAUGUAGUUUGGACAGAAGCAAGACUAAUGCUUCUUGUACAUGCUUGCCUGGUACUUCUAAGGUAGGCAAUGGCAUAUGCUCAGAGAACUCAUCAUUGAUUGGAAAAUGUGAUGCGGCAAACGUAAAUCACACUUCUGAGUUUAGGAUGGCCACGGUGCAGCAAACCGAUUACUAUUUCCCUGAAUUUUCAGUUAUAGCUAAUUACAGCGAUAUUCCCACAGUGUCCAAGUGCGGCGACGCUUGUUUAUUGGAUUGUGAGUGUAUGGCCUCUGUUUAUGGGCUUGACGAUGAGAAGCCUUACUGUUGGCUGUUGAGGAGCUUGGACUUUGGUGGAUAUGAAGACCCUGGCUACACUUUGUUCGUCAAGGUCAGGUCGAAUGGUUCCGUGGCUCCAGCAGGAGAUAAGAGGGGAUCGGGUGACGGGUCUGGGGAAAACAAAGGGACGGUCUUGGUUCUCCCUAUAGUUCUCAGCAUGACAUUUCUUAUGGGCCUCCUCUCCCUAUUGUUAUAUUACAAUGUUCAUAAAAGGAGAACUUUGAAAAGAGCUAUGGAGGGUGCUUUCAUUCUUUCUGGGGCUCCAAUAAAUUUUAGCUAUCGUGACUUGCAGGUUCGUACCUCCAAUUUCUCACACCUGCUUGGAACAGGAGGAUUUGGGAGUGUGUACAAAGGAAGCCUUGCUGAUGGGACUUUGAUUGCUGUAAAGAAAUUGGACAAGGUCUUGCCUCAUGGAGAGAAGGAAUUUAUAACUGAAGUGAACACCAUUGGCUCCAUGCACCACAUGAACCUGGUUCGUCUAUGUGGGUACUGCUCUGAAGGAUCGCACCGUCUUCUUGUUUACGAGUUCAUGAAAAAUGGGUCCUUGGACAAAUGGAUAUUUCCUUCCUAUAAUUGCCAGAGCAGAUUGCUGGAUUGGUCUACUCGUUUCCAUAUAGCCAUUGCUACUGCACAAGGAAUCGCAUACUUCCACGAGCAGUGCAGAAAUCGGAUAAUACACUGCGAUAUCAAACCGGAGAACAUCUUAUUAGAUGAAAAUUUCUGCCCCAAAGUAUCAGAUUUUGGAUUAGCUAAGCUAAUGGGAAGAGAACACUCACAUGUUAUUACUAUGGUCAGAGGAACUAGAGGAUAUUUAGCUCCAGAGUGGGUCGGCAACAGGCCUAUAACCGUAAAGGCCGAUGUUUAUAGUUAUGGAAUGCUACUUCUGGAGGUCAUCGGUGGUCGGAGGAACCUCGACAUGUCUUUUGAUGAAGAGGACUUCUUUUACCCCGGAUGGGCUUUUAAGGAGAUGACAAAUGGGAUGCCGAUGAAAGCAGCAGAUAGAAGACUGGAAGGCGCAGUUAAAGAAGAAGAAUUGAUGAGAGCGCUGAAGGUUGCCUUCUGGUGCAUUCAAGAUGAAGUGUUUAUGAGACCUUCAAUGGGAGAAGUGGUGAGGAUGUUAGAAGGAUCAAUGGAGAUGAACACACCACCAAUGCCACAGACUGUCUUGGAGCUAAUAGAGGAAGGAUUAGAUCACGUAUACAAGGCCAUGAAGAGAGAACUAAACCAGUUUAGCUCCUUCACCAUCACUAGUCAUGAUCCUUCAUCUCUUGCUACUUGCAGUUAUUCAACAAUGUCGCCUAGAUAGCCUGCUUUGAAUCAGCAAUUUCUUCACUGACACACAUAUUAACCAAGAGAAAUUAAGGCCGAGUCCAGGUUCUCUAUGGGCUGCAAACUGUAUUCAUAGUGGUCUUUUUAAGUCAUCUACUUGGAUUUUCUUGCUCAGUAGCGUUGGGCUUUUCUGCGAGACUUUGUUUUUCUCUUUACUGGUUAAUCAUAUUGAAGGAAUUAAAUUUUCUUUCUGGCCGUCA